AUGUCCGAGGACACCACCUUUCCCAAGUUUAAAACCCGAACCAGGCCACCCGGCUCCUUUCCCUUCGGCCCCCAGAAUCCGAAUCAAGUGUGGACUCCAAUAUUCCACUCCCCAUCUCUUCUGCCCUUCUCAAAGAGCUUGCCCCGCCCCGCCUCUGGCCCCGCCCCCUUAGCCCCGCCCCUCCGCCUCGAUCGCCCCGCCCCCUCCUUGCGCGCUCCCUGGCUGCGGCUGGACGCUGUCCGUCACCUAGGUGACGCGGCGCUCCGGACUCCCGGCUCCAGCGGGGCACGAGCGGUCGGCACGCCUGCCUCUGGCGUCGGCUUGAGAGCGCGGCGAGACAGCCCCAUCCCCCCGUGCAGCUGGAUCCAGCCUUCACCUCAGACGCCUCCAGACCCCACCCCUGAACCCACAGACCCUUCUGGCCCUCCGGAUUGGGGCUCGGGGGCCCCGCGGCUGCCCCGACGCCACCAGAAUAAGGGAUACUUAAAUGAAGCAAUGUCAAAUACAUGCUCCUUUGGACAUAGACCAAGAUUGGCAAGAAAACUUCAUACUCAACCACAGGGCUCGCUAAGUGUAACCAAGACGGCCUCAGAAAAGAAGGAAGUUUCUCCAAAGAAAAUUGAAAAGCCAGUCUCUUUAAAGAAUACUGACAAGAAACCAUCUCCAAAAAGCAUUGAACAUAAAGACACGUUACCAAAUCAGCAGUCAUCUUCUUUCUUAAAAGAAAAUACAGGUGAAAGGAGCAAAGAUAUAGGCAGUGCAAAGCCAGAGAAAAAGAAUGACUGUUGCCUUCAGGAUAUUGAUGAUGAGUCAUCAGAAUCAACAGGUGAUGGUGAAGAAGACACCAGUGGGGAAGACGAUGAACAUGGGCAUCCUCCCAAUGCUACUCAGGCCCCACUGGAGUUAAUGGCAGAAUUCCUGAGAGCAGAAAUGAGCCGUGACUACCAUCUAGCAAAAAAAUUAUGUCAGAUGAUCCUAAUCUAUGAACCAGAAAAUCCUGAGGCCAAGGAGUUUUUCACACUUAUUGAGGAAAUGUUGCUGAAGGAGAAAGCCCAGAAUGUGGAGGAAGAGGCCGAAGACAGCGAGGAGGGCAGCAGCAGCGAGAGUGAGGGCGAGAGCACCGAGGAGGCGAGUGAGGAGAGCUCGGAGGAAGGCGAAGAGGGGUGA